AUGCAGUAUAGAGCCAGGAUGUCUCACUCGCUGACCAUAACUCGGACGACGGUGGCCACGUCGGGCACCCCCGUGUACAUCAACAGUGGGUACAUGAGCUCAACACCUGGACUUCUCAAACUUGCUGAAUUGUUGCUGGGUGCGGCGUGUGUAGGUGUAGUGGCAUACUAUAUGGACCAUGGGUACUACAAAGUCGGUAAUGGCAAGGCAGAGUUGUUCUACCUGCUCGUGGCCGUUGCUUGCCUUGUAGGCACAUUUUGUCUAUUCACAUCGUGCAUAGUCUCCUUGUCAACGGCUUCUAUUAUAUCAAAAACAAUUUACGAGGUGAUAUACCAUGGCGUGGCGUUUGUACUGUAUCUGUCUGCGGGCAUCACCCUCAUGGUCGAAGUGAACCACUACAAGGAUUACUAUAGACGGGAUUAUGAGCCAUACUUGGCUGCUGCGAUCAUGGGACUCAUCAUGGCCGCACUUUACCUGCUCAGUACGUUCUUAGCAAAUCGUCAGUACCGCGGUAUUUAAAUUAAGAAUAUUUAACUUCAAGUAGUUUUAGCUAUCUAUAAAUAAUUUAUUUCUUGAUUAUUUUAAAGCUUAAAAAUGCCAUACGUCACAUAAUGUCUUAGUCGUAAGCUAUUGUUUUUUUAUUUAAGUUCAUAUAUUUUAUGAUAAAUACCUCUGAACGCAUAAAAGUACGAAUUCAGUUUCUCAAUCAGCCACCAGAGGCGCUGUUGUGUUCAUUCAGUGUUUAAUACAAGACACGAAUGUACUUAUAUAGGGAUAAUUUACUUGAGUUACUGAUUGGAAUGGUUAAGUAUGAAUUUUUAUGUAAACAAAAUAUUGUCUAGUCGUUAUGAAAGAUUUGCAUUUUGAGAAUUUUUGGGUUCCUGAAAACCACAAUGAACUAACGUCAUGCCAUUAUUUGGAAUUGGGAUUCUAUGGUCUUUGCAUUUAAUUUAUUGAUUUUAUAAUAUGGCUUCCACUUUAUUACACGUAUUUUUAUAAACUUGUCAAUGACAUGGGUAAACUAAGUACUAUUUUUUAUAAAUAUAAAAAAAAUAUUUUUAGGAGAUAAAGCACAAAGAUAUAUUUGUGUAAAUAAAAUAUUACCUGCCUAGAUAUAUAUUUUGAUACCAACAAAUAAUAUAAUGUAUUUAUAAUAUUGUAUACAAUUUUUGGAUCGCGAUUUUUUCUAUUUGGAUUUUUUUACCAAUAAAAUUAAUACAUGAAUUCAUAACUGCCCGGAGAUUAACACACCUUAAGAUACGUACUUUUUAAGAUUACCUAAACACCGCUGGCAUACGGUGAAAGAAAACAUCGUGAGAAAUCUGAACUUAUAAUUUAUAAUUACAAGUUUGAAAUCACCAAUCUGCCUUGAGCAGUAGGUAAGCUGUGUGAUAAAAAUGAGUUUACUGUCUGUGUACCUGGUGCUACAAAAUACAUUAUUAAUCAAUAAAUAACAAAAUAAAAAGGUAAUAUUGACGACUAAAUAGUA